UCACCACACGAGAGCAGUCAGGCAGUCACCAGACUCACCACACGGGCCGCACCAUCUGGUUUAGUCCUGGAUAAAAAAAGAACAGAAAAUGGUGCGAGUUCGUCUUCUCCAGUUCUCCGGUGCCGGUACCCCGUACGCAUCGUGGCUACUCGGGGCCGGGGGAGUUCCGUGGCCGAGUCGGUGCGCUGGGACUCAGAGGAGGGAGGUCGCCGGAGGAGAAAUCUUCACGGGAGGGAGCCACAGGGGGCGCUGGAGCCGACAGCAAGCGCGGGAUUCGUGGAGUCCAGCUCAUCUCGCCUCCGCCGCCCGCGAUUCGCAGUGGAUUCGCCAUUGGGGGCCGGGCGCCGCCGACCAAUGCGGCUGCCGCGAAGAAACCGUCUCCCGCGGUGGCGUGAGGCGUACCACGGCGGAACUGCGCGGCGGCGGCGGCGGCAAGCGGGAGAGGACACGUCACGCGUGGGGAUAUGCUGCGCAUCAGGGCCGUACUUGUGGACCCCUCCGCAUCGGACGGCCAGUGUCAUUCCCUGAAACCCAGGGGCACGAUUCGCACAAUGGGCGCGCUCAGGACCGUCGGAUCUGCCACGUCAGGCGCUGAUAGAGAUCCGACGGCACGGGACGCGCCGGUGGCAAGGGAAACGAGAGCUUCCGCCUGCCAGGCAAGGCAAGCUGUUUAUUUGCGGCUGCACUGCAUGCAAACUCUGCACUACCGCAACCGCUUUUGAUUCUCCCCCGGAGCAGCGGAGGAAAGGAAAGCAAACCCUGCUAUGGGUCAAUCUCGGUCUCGGAGCCUGCCAGUAACAUCUAAGCUUAGUGUCAGACAAGAGAAUGACAGAAUCAAGUAUGCUGUGUCAUCUAUGCAAGGAUGGCGUCCGUACAUGGAAGAUGCUCAUGCAGCUAUCCUAGAUCUUCAUGAUUCCAAGUCCACAUCAUUCUUUGCUGUUUAUGAUGGCCAUGCAGGCGCUAAUGUAGCAUUGUAUUGUGCGAGCCAAUUUCAUAUUGAGCUUAUGCACCAUGAAGAUUACCACAACAAUCUGGCUCAUGCAGUGGAGAGGACCUUUUUCAGAAUUGACGAGCAGUUGCAACAAUUGGAUGGGUGGAGGGAGGCAUUUAAGCCCCCUCUUGUUAAGGCCUUCAAUUUGCUUAACUGUCUGAAGCCUCCUGCUUGUGAUAAGGGAACCCCUGAUACGGAAGGAAGCACAGCCUGCGUGGUUCUCAUUAGAGGAAACCAGAUCAUUGUUGGGAAUGUUGGUAAUUCUCGUUGCGUGCUCUCAAGGGAUGGUCAGGCGAUUGAUUUAUCGACCGACCACAAACCAACCCUGGCGGCUGAACGUGAGAGAAUUGUAAAGGCAGGAGGAAAAAUUAGCAGGAGUAAGUUACCUAAGAUGUUGCUUGGAGUAAUAGUUGGAACGCGAUUGGGAGUCCAUCGUGUUAAUGGAAUCUUAGCCGUGUCCAGAUCUAUUGGGUCUUUUCAGUUAAAGAGGAACAAAGAUUUGACUCCUGAAGAACAAAUGGUGACAUGUAGUCCUGACAUUAUGACUGUGGACAUUACUGAUGAUACCGAGUUUCUUGUUAUAGCAAGCGACGGCCUCUGGGAUUACGUUUCAAGUCAGGGUGCGGUUGAUUUUGUACACAAGCAGUUGAAUUCCGGGAUUAGAGAUCUGCGUUUCAUUUGUGAGUUACUUAUUGAUAUUUGCAUGAGGACGCAAGACAACAUGACCAUGAUACUGGUUCAGUUCAAGCACGCCCCCAGGGUUCCUCCUCCAGCCAGCGACGUCCACGUGGUUCCUCCUCCAGCCGGCAACGUCCCCGUGGUCGACCCCGCUUUCAUUCCCAGCAGUAGCACCAAUCCCAUCCCAGCAAUUAGUGCCGGCGGCGCAGGCGCUAAAGCCAGGGCUGACACCUGCGUGACAGAGAUUACGGAGGUCAAGGAAGAAGAGGAUAAGGGGUCCAGUGGCGGCGCCACAGAGGAAGAAUCCCUUCUGCCUUUGUCUUGACCCGAGAGGGCUUUGAGUUUUGAUCGACAAGAGAGAGCUCCUGGGUUGGAUGAUAAUACCAUGCCUACAAAGUUACAAUGUAGGAUGAUAAUACCAUGCUUACAAACGAGUAGUUCCACUUACUUUCGUAGAGCUUCCCUGGGAACGUGUUUACCUUAGGAGAUUUUGCCACCUGGAGUAGGAUUUACUCACGCAUGCACUUUGUUUUCUUGUCUUGAUCUUGGAUCUUGGAGACUUUAAUCCUGCAGUGUUUCUGUGGAUGCUCUCACUGCCUUCAGAAUUCCUCCAUGGAACUAUGCAUUGAGCUUCAAUUAAUUCU